AUUUACUUUAUUCCUUGUCUCAAAUGUCUAACUUAUUCCUCGUCAGAGCAGAAGCAAUUACCAAACUAUCGAUAUUAUGUGAUGUCGGAGGAAGACUCUCUCCAACGAUUUUAACAAUGAAUUUAUUAGUCAUUUUUAUUUUUGCAUUUGAUGCUAUCUGGAAAAAUGUUCUAAAAACUGAAUCUCAAAGUUUUCGGAAUUUUAUUUUAUGGAGUACGAUAUUUGCGAUUUCGUGGGCUGCGUCUACUUUUGGAUUGAAUCGAUAUGACCCUUUAGAAUUGUGUAAUCUUUUGAUAAUUUUCAAAUUGGAGAAUGAUUCUGUUACUUUUUUCUCAGCACUUUUGCUUAUAGGUGCACAUAGUGGAGGAAUAUUAAACUCUAUAUUGCUUUCCAUAAAACAAUACUGUGAUAUGGAUCUCGAUGAUGAAAUUAUCGACAUUGAAAAGAAUGAUGACCUUACCAUUCUAGACAAAAGCAUUACUACGAAAUCAUAUGGAACCAUGCGUGAUUAA